AUGGCGAUGUCGGUUACCACCCACCCUCUCUACCUUACCUUGAGGUACAACGCUGUUGCGUGCACGGCGCCGCAAAGCACUACUGCGGCCUACGUGCCUAGCAUACGUUUCCCUUUUUCCUCCCCUCCCCUUCCCUGCCGUGCCUACCCACCUGCCCGCCUGCCCUGCCUCAUCUCGGAGAGCGGUACUUCCCUCCAUCCCCCAGACUGGUGCGCCAACCCAGGUACCGGCGAAUCAGGUACACCAUCCACACACUGCCGUCCCAGCAAAACGGCUACGCAGUACGAAGUACCUUACGGAGGGAAUCUUAUUGCUCCAAGGGGCCAUUGCCAUGCCACUUCGUCGUCAAUCACAACCUCCUGCACCUUGCCUACUGCCACUGCUCCAGAAAAACACCCGAAGCUUGCUUUCCCUCUCACCUCUCACGCGCCCAUCGUGACGGCAACCUGGCCAUGCUCCCCUUCGCAUCUCGCUAGCUUCGAAACGUCCGCCCAGCAUCAUUAUGCUCCUCAGCCCUCUUGCACGGCCGUCCAUCCCACUUGUCAGAAUCUCUCCGACUACACGCGCGCAACAAACCCUCGCUCUCACGCCCGCUUACGCAUACUUGCGACGACACUCGACGACCUCGUCAAUCCACGACCACCAACCUACCCUGCUUGGCUAAGCCGGCGACAGACCACACGCCGUUGGAGGGCUCAUGACGAUACACUUGCAGCCGUGGGUGUAAUGGGUAUCGGCACCCUGGGCUCCCGCUGUCGUUUCUGCUACAACCAUGGCUCCUCCCGCUCAGAAUGGGCCUGA